GUCUGCGACCAUGACCACCGACAGCGACUACGUGUACUUCGACCGCUCGACAUCCACCUUCUCCUCCGAUGCGGUCGCGCGCGCGACGGCCGCGAAGCUCAAGCUCGAGUCCUACUACAAGGUCGCGGUCGACGCCGCGAUCGAGCGCAAUGCACGCCGCAUCGAGCUCGAGACGCGCCUGUCGCAGGCGGUGAGCCAGGAGGCGCGCGAGCGCGAGAUCCGCAAGCACGCGAAGACGGAGAGCCAGCACCUGCGCCUGCGCCGCACGAAAAUCGGCCUGAACGACUUCCGGACGGUGAAGGUGAUUGGGAAGGGCGCGUUCGGCGAGGUGCGCCUGGUGCAGAAGGUGGACACGGGGAAGGUGUACGCGAUGAAGACGCUGCAGAAGGCGGAGAUGCUGAAGCGCGACCAGCUUGCACAUGUCCGUGCGGAGCGCGAUGUCCUCGCGGAGAGCACGUCGCCGUGGGUGGUUCAGCUGUUCUACUCCUUCCAAGACUCGGCCUUCCUCUACCUCGUCAUGGAGUUCCUCCCCGGAGGGGACCUCAUGUCCAUGCUCAUGAAGUACGACGUCUUCUCGGAGGACGUCACGCGCUUCUACAUGGCCGAGUGCAUCCUCGCCAUCGAGGCCGUCCACAACCUCGGCUACAUCCACCGCGACAUCAAGCCCGAUAACGUCCUCAUCGACAAGUACGGCCAUCUGAAGCUGUCCGACUUUGGCUUGAGUACCGGCCUGCACAAGGCGACUGAUGGAGAGAUCUACAAGCGCUAUCUCGAGCAGGAGAAGCAGCGUGACCCCGCGCGCAACUCUGUGCAGGUCAACGCGAUCAAUCUCACUAUGAGCCGCGAGCAGAUCGCGACUUGGAAGGCCAACCGUCGCAAGCUUGCAUACUCGACCGUCGGCACGCCAGACUAUAUUGCACCAGAAGUCUUCCUUCUCAAGGGCUACGGCAAAGAGUGCGACUGGUGGUCUCUUGGCGCUAUCUUCUUCGAAUGUCUCGUCGGUUAUGCCCCGUUCUGCUCGGAGAACCCAGGAGACACGUACAAGAAGAUCAUCGACUGGCCAAAGUACCUCCACUUCCCUGACGAAGUUUACGUCUCGCGCGAGGCAGAAGACCUCAUAAGAGGGAUGAUGACCUGGGCCGAGCACCGGUUGACAGUGACACAGAUCAAGACGCACCCAUUUUUCUACGGCGCGGACUGGUCGUCGUUGCGACACAUCGAGCCGCCGUUUGUGCCGCGGUUGCAGAGCAUGACGGACACGAGCUACUUCCCGACGGACGAUUUGGGCAACGUACCCGACGCGCUCCCGAAGGAUGCUGGUGUCGGCGCGGAGAAGGAUUUGGCCUUCUUGGGCUUCACCUUCAAGCGCUUUACGGGCGGCAGCGGUCAUUAAGGCCGACGCGUCCGCUGACCGCUUCACUACUUAAUCGCCGUCCCCUGUCCUCACCCUCGCGUCUGUCGCUUGGUCACCCUUGCGCUGGACACAUAAUAAGGGGGCCAGUUUGGCCGUCGCCAGGCAGCACAACAUCAAAGGGAGAAGCUGGAGGAAACAUAGAGGAGGGAGGAGACGAGGCGCGUGUCUACACACGCGCUCACGAGUCGUCAGCGAGCGGCCUUCCUCAUGUACAUAACCCAAUGCUCGUCUCACUUGCUUUCGAAUGCAUUGCUUUUUCAUCGGAGGA